CGGCCCCAGAGCGCUCUCCGCCGCCGCCGCCUCCUCCCCCCGCCAUGGCUGCCUAGAAGAGCCGCCCGCCCGCCUCCCAGCGAUGACUGGGGUGUUUGACAGAAGAGUCCCAGCCAUCCGAUCCGGCGACUUCCAGGCUCCCUUUCAGAGCGCCGCAGCCACCAUGCACCACCCGCCCCAGGAGUCUCCCACUUUGCCCGAGUCCUCGGCCACGGACCCCGACUACUACAGCUCCCCCGGGGGAGCCCCGCACGGCUACUGCUCGCCUUCCUCGGCUUCCUAUGGCAAAGCGCUCAACCCUUACCAGUACCAGUACCACGGCAUGAACGGAGCCGCCGGGAGCUACCCUGCCAAAGCCUACGCGGACUACGGCUACGCCAGCCCCUAUCACCAGUACGGCGGGGCUUACAACCGGGCGCAGAGCGCGGCUCAGCCAGAAAAAGAGGUGGCUGAGCCGGAGGUGAGGAUGGUGAACGGCAAACCAAAGAAAGUGCGCAAACCAAGGACUAUUUACUCCAGCUUUCAGCUGGCGGCCUUGCAAAGGAGGUUCCAGAAAACCCAGUACUUGGCUCUGCCCGAAAGAGCUGAGCUGGCGGCGUCUCUGGGGCUGACCCAGACACAGGUGAAAAUCUGGUUUCAAAACAAGCGGUCCAAGAUCAAGAAGAUCAUGAAGAAUGGCGAGAUGCCCCCGGAGCACAGCCCCAGCGCCAGCGACCCCAUGGCCUGCAACUCUCCCCAGUCCCCGGCCGUGUGGGAGCCGCAGGGCACGGCCCGAUCCCUCAGCCACCACCCCCACGCCCACGGGGCCACGUCCAACCCAUCUCCCGCCUCCGCCUACCUGGAGAACUCCUCGUCCUGGUACUCCAGCGGGAACUCCCUCAACGGCCACCUGCAGCCGCACAGCUCCCUACAGCACCCCUUGGCUCUGGCUUCCGGGACAAUCUACUAGCCUAGAACGAGCUUUCCCUAAACCUGCCCGGCAGCGGCUCUGGCGGGACUCUUGCGUUUUAUUGAUAAAAGGGGGGGGAAUGCGAAAGGCGACCUUUUUUUAAGGGAAAGGAAACUAUCCAUGAUGAAAUGUGUAAAGCUUGUGCAUGUAACUUAUUGCAUUUCAAAGGAAACCUCCCCGGUCCUUUUUUUUAAGGGGGGGGGGACAGACGGACUUUGGGGUGGUUUCAUCAGCUGUGGACACUUUCAAAGGUGCCUUGAAAUCGUAUGACCUCAACUUUUUUCCAGAGACUUUUUUUCAAUGUCAUUUUAACCCUGUAAAUAACUGUAGAUAGAGGAAUUAAACUGUAUAUUCUGAAUAAAUAAAAUUAUUUCCACCAUGAGA